AUGUGAUUCAGGUGUUCCAAUCCCCUCCACGGACACAGGUGUAUACAAUCAUCCCCUAGGCAUGCAGACUGCUUCUACAAACAUUGGUGAAAGAAUGGGUCACUCUCAGGAGCUCAGUGACUCCAAGCGUGGUCCCGUGAUAGGUGGCCACCUGGGCAAUAAGUCCAUCUAUGACAUUUCCUGGCUACUAAAUAUUCCACGCUCAACUGUUAGUGGGAUUAUAACAAAGUGGAAGCAACUGGGAACAACAGCCACUCAGCCACCAAGUGGUAGGCCACGUCACAUGACAGGGCGGGGUCAGCACAUGCUGAAGCGUACAGUGCGCAGAAGUCGCCAAUGUCUACCUGUGGAUUGGACACCCCUGAUGUAGUGCAAGGGCCUUCCUGAUUGGAUACAGAGUAAAUGGAUAGAUAGGUGGGCCCUCCUAUUCCAUAGUUCUGAUAAAACCUAAAGGAGUUUGUACAAUCAGAUUGCAUAGUGUAUGGCCAGCUUUAUAUAAGCACAUAAGAGGGAGUGGAUGAAGACACUCAGCUGUCAGGCACUGUUCACAUUUUUGUGUAGCAGGAACGCACAUGCUCGUAUUUUGG